GUGGAGUGCACUUUUUACAUGGCGCUGUCGUCGCCGCCGUAGCCGCAGAAGCCGUGCUCUUUGGAUCGGUGGCGACUCGCGGAUCGCCUGCGACGGAAAUGCUGCGGGAGUCGAGAGUGGGCACGUUCGUUCUCCGCUCCUUUCUUUGGAUGGGAGUUAUCGCGGAGCUCGGCGAGCUAGCAGUAUCCGCAGAACGACCGACCGAGAUCGACAGCAAUGGAUACGAUGAAGCGAACAGGUGUUUGCUGGAGAGCAUCGGCGAUCGAUUCGACUGCCACCCCGAGCCAGGAGCGACGCGAGACGCGUGCUCGAGCCGAGGCUGCUGCUGGUCGCCAUUGGCAGAAGGCGCGGAACCCAGCCCGGUGCCCCGCUGCUACUUCGCCCGUGACCACAGCGGAUACCGAGUGGUCGGCAUGGCCACGCACGACGACCGAGUCAGCCUGCGGCUCAAGCGCCAUAGACCUUCGGGCGUCGACGUGGACAUCCAGAAGGUGGACGUCGACGUCAUGUACUACGACAGGGACACCGUAAGGAUCAGGGUAACAGACGCCGCCAAGGAGCGAUUCGUCCCUCCAGUUCCACGUAUUCCUUUUCGGACCUUCGCCGGUGUGCGUGACUACUCGGUUAACGUCAGCACCAGCGGAGUCAUCACAGUGAACCGAAGUGGAACGAAUAUUUUCCACACGGACCUGUCGCGGCUAGUCUUCACCGACCGCUUCCUGCAGCUGUCGACGCUGCUGCCUUCGGACGUGCUGUACGGCCUGGGGCAGCACUGGGGUCCCCUCCGCAGAAGCCUCAACUGGACCAGCCAGAUCCUCUUCAACAAGGACAGGCCGGUCAUGGCAAACAAGAACCUGUACGGGUCGCAUCCUUUCUACUUGGUUGUUGAACGCGGAGGUCUGAGUCACGGUGUGUUUUUGCACAACAGCAAUUUCAUGGAGGCCCUGCUGCAACCGGCGCCAGCGGUCACAUUCCGUGCCCUCGGCGGUGUACUGGACUUGUUCGUGUUCGUGGGCCCCGCGCCGUCGAAAGUGGUGCAGCAGUACCAGCGUGUGGUCGGCUUUCCCUCCAUGCCCCCGUACUGGAGUCUUGGAUUUCACCUCUGUCGUUAUGGUUACGAAAACCUUAACAACACGCGAGAAAUCAUGCAGAACAACGUGCUCGCGGGCAUCCCUUUGGACGCCCAGUGGAACGACAUCGACUCAAUGGAACGGCGCAACGGCUUCACGUACGACAAGGAAGCAUUCGCGGGACUGUCAGAGUUUGUGCGCGAGGUUCACGCUGGAGGCAGGCGCUACGUCCUCAUCUUUGACCCAGCGGUGAGUGGUUCGGAGUCUCCCGGAACGUACCCGCCGUACGACGAUGGAGUCGAAAUGGACAUCUUCGUCAAAAACACCACCGGAGGCAUAAAAAAUGGAAAGGUGUGGAACGAAAACAGCAGCGUGUUUCCGGACUUCUCGCACCCUUUGACCGGAGCCUAUUGGACCAAGCAGUUUCGACGCUUCCAUGACAUCAUACCUUUCGAUGGAGCGUGGAUUGACAUGAACGAGCCGGCGAACUUCGAGAACUUCCACGAGGGCGUCACCGGAUGCCCGCCGGAGGAGGUGGCGAACCCUCCGCCUUACGUGCCCGGCGACGAGGCACUGUCCAACAAGACGCUCUGCAUGACCGACCGCCACCACCUGUCGAGCCACUACGACUUGCACAACGUCUACGCGCAUCUCGAGGCCAUCCUCACCUACAGAGCCCUGGUGGAGAUCCGUGGAAAGCGACCUUUCAUAAUAUCCCGCUCUACGAGCCCAGGUCAAGGAUCGUGGUCGGGGCAGUGGUCCGGUGACACCGACUCGAGCUGGGACCACCUCAGGCUCAGCGUACCGAGCAUGCUCAGUUUCAGCUUGUACGGCAUCCCCAUGACUGGUUCCGACAUCUGCGGCUUCUUCAAGGACUCCAACGAGGAGAUGUGCGCGCGAUGGUUCGAGCUGGGCGCCUUCUACCCGUUCUCCAGGAGCCACAACAUGAACGGAAGCGUGGAUCAGGACCCACACAGCAUGGGCCCCGUGGUCGUCGAAGUUGCUAAGAACGCGCUCGAGACCCGCUACACUCUCCUUCCUUACCUGUAUACGUUGUUCUACAGAAGCCACGUCUACGGGGAUACGGUCGCCAGGCCGUUAUUCUUCGAGUUUCCCGAAGACCCCAACACGUACGACAUUGACCAGCAGUUCUUGUGGGGAUCCAGUCUUCUUUUCAACCCCGUCUUGUACGAGAACCAGACCAGUGUGCGGAUGUACGUACCCAGAGGAGUGUGGUACGGCUUGGACGCGAGCGGAAGCGUGUACCGCGAAGCGGAAGGAGGUUACCACCAGCUUGAGGCACCCCUGCGGACCAUCCAGGUGCUGGUUAGAGGUGGCUCCAUAAUCCCGUGUCAACUACCGGCUCCCACGACGGAAAUGAGCCGAAGAAACCCGCUGUCACUUGUCGUUGCCCCAGACGAGCGAGGAACGGCCCGAGGCGAACUAUUUUGGGAUGACGGAGACUCCAUAGAUACUGUACAGCGGGGGCAGUACGAUAUCUACACGUUCAUGCUAAUUGAUAGAAGCCAACUCGUUGUGAGCCCCACCCACCAUGGCUACGCCGGUGGUUUGUACCUGGGAACCGUGGCCGUGUUCGGUAUCCGGCAGAAACCCGCAUUCGUCUCACUGAAAGGCCGGAGCCUGCCGUUUCGCUACAACGACGAAACAAGGGUGCUGACCAUCGUGGACAUCUGGGAGCCCAUCGCCGAAGCAUUCGUCAUUUCUUGGUCUACUUGAGCAUCUUACGCAUAUGUACUAAUAAAAAACCGAAUCGCACAAGGGCAC